AUGGCAGAAAGCGAUAGCCAUGUCCCUGAGAAGCAAGAAACUUCCAGCAAGAAAAAGGAAGUGUCUAUCGAUGACUUAUACCGUCGAUCGUCCCAAUUUCAGCUUUGGUCUUUCACUAUUGAAGAGCUUGAUAACUUGAGGAAAACCACUCAUGAAGACGGACGUGUCGCUGCACUUGCAAGGUUCGAGGAGGCCAAAAAGAAGUUUUCUUUAGAGAAGAAAGAAGUUUAUGAGCAAUUCGCUGAUGAGUUCACAUCUGACAAACUUCUUGAUCUCAUAACUUUCGAUGAACAACAAAAGUAUCUUCAGUACUUUGCGCAACAGAUUAUCCAAACAUGUGUGCAUUUUGGUAUGCCUACUCAAGUAAGGGCUACAGCGGUUUCGUUCUUUCAAAGGUUUUAUCUUCUCAACUCGCCCAUGUCUUACCAGCCAAAGAACAUCGUCUUUACAUGCGUUUUUCUCGCAGCUAAACUGGAAAAUUAUUUCAUAUCUAUCGAUUCUUUUUGCAGCUUGCUUCCGAGUACUGAAAAGCUGGACAUAUUGAAUUUGGAAUUUGAUGUGUUACAGUCUCUUAAGUUUACACUUUUGGUCCACCAUCCCUUUAGGCCACUUUACGGAUUCUUCCUCGACAUCCAGCAAGUCCUUUUGCACCCAACACCCGUGAUGUAUGACGUCAACAUAGAUACUAUAGGCGGUUUGUAUGACGAAGCAAAGAGAUGGCUUAAUGACCAUGCCCUAAUAGGAGAUGUGUCCUUCCUCUUCACACCACCUCAGAUCGCCUUGGCAGCAUUAUUCGAUUGUAACAAGCGCGUGACAAAUAAAUAUCUCAAGCUAAAGUUCAUUAAAGAAAAGCUGAAUGAAAAGAUGGAGACUAUCAAAGAGGAAUUGUCAGACGAAGUAAAAGAAGAGAAUGGGGAAGAAAAAGCUGAGACGAAUGGAGGUUCGUUGGAGGCAAGUAACACAUCACAAAAGUCGGACCUGACAAAGAUUUACGAAGAAUUGAUAGCGACGAUCCGAAAGUGCAUAUCCGUGGCUAAGUCAGAAAUCGAGACAAGUCGAGAGGAAUGUAUCCUGAUCGACAAGAAGUGUGUCUACGUUCUCAAACCCGAAAAACUCAUCAAGAAGAAAGUUAAAUCACUAACGAAAGAUCCAGUUUCCUGA